UAGUGUUUCUACAGAGACGCAGUAAUUCAGUGUUUCAGUCUUUUAGAGAUUAGACAUGUCUCUGAGUGUUUAUGAUGACGUGAUUGGAUCUGAGGAGAUGAACAGAGGAGAUAAAGUGGAGAUGGUGGUGGAUAUCUAUGAGAGUGCAGACGCUAUUAGAGGUCAUGACCCCAGCACAGAGGGAGAGGACACCAACAUGAUGGGGUUCCUGAAGACACAACAAGCAGAGAGUCUCUCUGCAGGAAGCAGACGCUACAGACUGGCUGCAGUGGGUCUGGGUCUGCUGUGUGUUCUCCUGCUGACUGCCAUCACAGUGCUGUGGAUCCAGUUCAACCACCUGACUGCAGAGAGAGACCAAUUACAGACCAGUAACACCAACCUGACUGCAGAGAGAGACCAGUUACAGACCAGUAACACCAACCUGACUGCAGAGAGAGACCAGUUACAGACCAGUAACACCAACCUGACUGCAGAGAGAGACCAGUUACAGACCAGUUACACCAACCUGACUGCAGAGAGAGACAGGCUCCAAAGAAGGUUUUCUGAACUGGUAAAAGCCAGUGAGGAGGGAUGGGUCAACUUCAACUUCAGUCUUUACUACGUCUCUACUGAGAAGAAGAUCUGGAAUGAGAGCAGAGACGACUGCAGAGAGAGAGGAUCAGACCUGCUAAUGAUCAACAGCAGAGAAGAACAGGACUUCAUUAACACAUUGAUAGAAGAUCAAAAGGUUUGGAUUGGUCUGAGUGACGGUGAAACAGAGGGGGUCUGGAAAUGGGUGGACGGAUCAGAACUGAUCACUGGGUUCUGGUUACCUGGAGAACCCAACAUUUAUGGAGAUGAGGACUGUGUUAUAAAUGAAUGGAACUGGGCUGAUUAUCCCUGUAAUCGUCAGUUUAAUUGGAUUUGUGAAAAAAGAAUAUUGAUGACAGUUUGAACAUGUUUGGGUUUGUGUGUGUAAGAGAGAGAGAGUGUGAUGAUUAAUGUGUGAGACAAGUUUACUGUAUAUAUAUAUAUAUAUAUAUGAGCAGUGCUUGUAUUUUGUAUUUUCUGAUUUUAGAUUUUUUUGCUUAGCUACAGAUAGCUGAUUUUUGCCUGCACUUUAUUAUUUGAUCAUUUUAACUCUAUACUCGUCAUCCUGAACAGAUUUUUUAUCUCCCUUUUUUCUUUUUUUAAAGUUCAAUAAACUUGUAAUUGUAUCCUGAA